AUGAGGGAUGUUCACAAACCUGAUUUCUUGAUUAUUUUGGAGUCGCAGAUCAGUGGAGACAAGGCUAAUACAGUGUGCAGCAAGCUGGGAUAUGAUGAGAUCAUCAGAGUAGAUGCGGAUGGAAGAUCGGGUGGUAUCUGGCUAGCGUGGAAGUCUGCGGAUUUUAGGGUGACGCCUCUGAAUGCCAGCAAACAACAUAUUACUGUUAAAGUGGAGAAAGUUGGUCAGGAGGAAUGGAUUCUUUCCAGCAUAUAUGGCAGCCCCAAAUAUAAAUAUCAUAACCUUCUCUGGGAGCAACUCAUUGGCUUCAGCAAAGUUUGGAAUGGCCCGUGGAUUAUCAUAGGGGACUUCAACGCGAUCUCCUCCCCAACGGAGAAAAACAGUGCUUGCUCAGCCAGGGACUUCAGACGAUGUAAGAAGUUCCUAGGGUGGAUGAACGAAGCUUGCUUGACGGACUUGGGCUUCUCGGGACCGCGUUACACGUGGUUCAGGGGAGAUACAAACUCAACUCAUAAAGCUAGUCGAUUGGACCGAGCCCUUUGUAAUGACUCGUGGAUCUCAGCCGUCCCCAACACUGUGGUUCAACACCUCCCGAAGAUUCAUUCAGACCAUCUGCCGAUCCUUGCAACUUAUUCUUUCCAGCAGGUGGCUAACGGGGAUGCUAAACCGUUUCGAUUUGAGGCAGCGUGGCUACUGCAUCCUCAAUUCAAUAAAUUCAUGGAGGAUAGUUGGCUCAAGGACUCUAAUUUCUGCAAUUCUUUGAACGAGAUGACGGGGAGGCUAAAGGAUUGGCACAGGGACGUGUUUGGCUCCACUUUUCGUCAAAAAAGAAGACUGCUUGCGAGGCUCCAGGGAGUGAAUACUAGACUGGCGGACUCGUUUAGGCCGAGCCUCCUAAAGCUGCAGAUUAAACUCGAGAAAGAAUUGGAUGUCAUCAUUUCCCAAGAGGAAGUUCUUUGGUACUAG